UUACAUGUAUCUGAGAGACCAGUGGAGCCGGGAGGAUGCCGGGACUCGUACCCAACAUGUGUUCAAACCGCUAUGGCUGCCAUCUGCUUGAAUUUGCGACGAGAAUUUCGUAAGCCCGCAACGAGGAUACGGAUGGAAGAUUUGUGGUCGGUGUGAGUUUAGUACCUCAGGAAAAGUGCUGACUUCAGUAGCGACGUGCGUUGCUGUUUGUGAAGAAUUGCUGUCGCAAUUUCUGUGUGGACGAAGGAUUCGGGAGCCUGCCGGGCAGUGCUGUUUGGCUUGCUAGCAAACGAAGCCUGGAAUAGUUAGCUUUGUGGAGCUGGACGUGUAGAUUAGUUGGAUUUUCAACUCAAGUCACCGCCUGUACCUGGUUCUCAUCGAGAGAUAGACAAGGAUGGCUGCUGUGGGAUUGCGGCUGGGCCAGCAGCUGCAAAGAUCGACAUUUCUUUUUCCCGGUAGCAUUCUGGGGGCUCCGGCUCCCUCAACCAGCAGGACUUCAUGCGCUUCGCAGUCGGUGCGUGCGCUGAAGAAGCAGUCGCAUUCAUCAAGUCCAAAGGGUAGUGGUGGGAAAGGGUCUAUCGCGGAAAAAUCCAAGGUUGAAAGUGGAAGCAGGGGAGGUGGAGGCUCUCACCCGAGCAGGAAGAAGCUUGAUUCAGGCUCGUCGUUGAAGCUUGAUGAGAGCAUCAUCGCCUCACUCCCCAUGCCUAAACCCCCUGCCGGUUUCAUUCUCGACGAGGCUGGCCGAGUAGUUCUUGUCGCCCCUGCAGCUAACCGUGUUGUUACCAUUGUCGACCCGGCAACUCAGAGACCUCUAGAAUGCAUGAUAAGAAGAGCCUUUCGAAGCUCGCAGGGCCAAGAUUGUUUACUUCUACUCCCCCUUGACAUGCCUUUGCAGAUUCUCAAAAUUGAAGAGGAAAGUGAGGGUUUAAGGGAGCUUAGUGAUGAUGAGCUCCAAGCGGUUCUUCCGACAGCGGCUUAUGCGCUUGCGAAAAGGCGGUUGCAUCUGAUUAUUAGUGGGUUUUGUCUUACUGCUCGGGGAGGAUUUUGUUACACAGAGGAGCAUGUAUUAGAUUUAAAUACAGAUAAUGGCGAGGGUCUUGGUGGUUCACUUGCCGAGGGUGUCGAAAUAGCGAAUUUCCAAUUGAAUGAUGAUGAGUAUCUCAUCUACACUCCUUUCGAUCCACUUAUGUUUGUUGCUAAAAGGGAUGAAGUCACUGGGGAAUUAAAAAUUGCAGACGAUGAGCUUUUGGACGAUGAAGUCGUCCUUGAUGCCAUUGAUGAAGAAAACGAGUUUCAGGCGUUGGUGGAUGAGGAAGAUGCCAUAAACGAAACAUUAAGAGAAGCGAAGUGAGAUAUAUCAUUGUAGAAUCCACGGAAGAAGGUUUCCAGUGGUCUACAUUGGCGGAAAUGAGAUGACGAAUGCUGAGCAUUAAUGGGAGAUUUUAUUAUGAAUACGUGUCACGCAUCUCAACAUUCCAUCACUUAAUUAUGUUCUCAAGUCCCCAGAGACUUAUAGUUUUAGUGUCAUUUAGUAUAUAGGCUAAUAUUCCACAUGGAGUGAAUAUCUAGACAUCGAUUAUUUUUGCUACUAAGAAGCAUGUCUACCUUUGAAGCACAUAGUCUGAAUCUUUAGACUCCUAUAGUGUCACCCCUGUGCUUAAGAAAUAAGCUGUUCAAGACGGGAAUUGUCAGGCACAUUUCGUUAGUGUUGGGGAGUUGUAAAUUGAAACAAUUUGCGAGUCUUAGUUUCACGCUUGUACCAUGAGCCAAGAAUUAGAUGUCCAAGUUUUUCUUCCAGUUUUUUAUGAGCAUGCCUCUGCGUGAAGAUUGGUCUCGUAAGCCACAAUGGACCACCUUCAUGGACAAAAUUCAAUUUCAGAAGUCAAAGUGGUGUCAAGUGUAGUAAUUUCGAAUUCUGA